CCUAUUUCGGUGUCCUCUACGGAUCUCUUUCAAAAUAGAAAAAUAAAAAAAAAAAGAAAGAGCUACUCCUUACUCAAGUUUCCAAUCUUGCCCAAGCAAGAUUUCAUUGAUUCAUUCUUCUUUUCCUUUCCGUUUUUUAGAAUUCCUGAAGUCUUUAUUCAAUUAUCAAAACUUUUCCACUCCAGCACCUCCAUUAGAGAGUUCCAUUUCAUUUGGGAUGGACGGUAAUUCAACUAUUAAUGUAAGCCACUGCUGAAGGCGAGCAUAAGAGACUGCAUGAAGGAGCAUUCGUCACUCGCCCCGCCAAACACUUUGAGUUAGCUCCUCCCUACUUUCGAGCCAUCGCCAAUUCAAGCACUAAGCCACUCACCUCCCACACUAUCAAGUGGAUGGGAUACAUCAUCACUCACGUGAAUGUGGAUGACAAGGAGGAAGGAGACAAUCUACAGCAUCCCCCGCUACCUCCACCACACGAUGGGACAAGCCCCUCCCGUCCACCUUUUGAGGCUAAGAUGGAGACCAACGAGGCUAGGUUGGCCAGCCUAGCGAGACAAAAUGACCUUAUCUGGGCCAACCAGACCUGUAAGAUGUUGGGUCAAUGGAGGAUCAUGUGACACCUCAACAUCCCAUAUCCCUACAUCUCUCUGCAAGCCGACUCCUCCUCUGAUGACAACAAUGGAGAGUGAUAUCUUCUCAUGGUUUGAUGGCACCGAUGACCAAUUUCUCUACCCCUAUAUAUAUAUAUAUAUAUAUAUAUAUAUACUCACACAUUGCAUUUGAAUAAUGAAUUGUGUAGCAUGUUAAGUAUUAUUGUGUGUUUUUAUUCAAGUAUUCUAAGUAGGGUGUUAUUAUUUGAACAAUUCAUACUUAUAUUUUUAAGUUUUUAUUGUUGGUUGUUGGCUCCAAGAUUUUUUUUUUUGUGUUAUUUCUUGGAUGUGACAUUUUUUUUAGUUCUUUAUUAUGAAUGUUUCUCUCAAUCAAACCCACCCACCCAACCCAGAUCUACCACAAUCAACUCGAUCACAUUUAUAUCGGUAAUCGAAUAUCCUUCACCCCAUGUUCACAUUGUGGACAAUGUGGUCCUUAAGUUUGGUUGGGUUGUGCAUGAAUGUUUGUAUGAAAUGGUUGUGAUUGAUUAUGCUCUCUGGUGUUAUGUAUGUUUUGAAUGAUUGAGCGAGAGAAAAUGACCUUAUCCUUGCCAACAAGACCUGUAAGAUGUUGGGUUAAUGGAGAAUCAUGUGACACCUCAACAUCCCAUAUCCCUACAUCUCUCUGCAAGCCGACUCCUCCUCCGAUGACAACAAUGGAGAGUGAUAUCUUCUCAUGGCUUGAUGGCACCGAUGACCAAUUUCUCUACCCUCUCUCUCUAUAUAUAUAUAUAUGGUGGCUUCUAUGGUACCCCGGGUAAAAUCCGAGGUACCGCAUACCUCGAGUAUGGAAACUCUAUCUAGACCUCGAAUUACCAGGAUUUUUGUGUCUGAUAUUAUACCCUAACCCUUAAUGAGUGAACCCUAGGUCAUAAUUAUCUAAAUCAUAAUCUAUAAACCCUAAGAUGGCGCAUUCCUUUUUGUGCCUAUAUUUGGAUGAAUCAUAACCAUCGAUUAUUAUUUCUAAUUAAAUUGAUCUUGGAGUAUAAGAUUGGGAGAGUUAACACCUAGAUUUUGAUCUUUAAGUGUUAGAGUAUAGUAUCAUGUCCGAAAGAUCGGUCAAUUCAAGGUCUAGAUAGUGUUUUCAUACUCAAGGUAUGCGGUACCCCGGAUUUCACUCAGGGUACCAUAGAACUCACCAUAUAUAUAUAUAUAUACACACACACAUUGCAUUUGAAUAAUGAAUUGUGUCGCAUGUUAAGUAGUAUUGUGUGUUUUUAUUCAAGUAUUCUAAGUAGGGUGUUAUUAUUUGAACAAUUCAUACUUAUAUUUUUAAGUUUUUAUUGUUGGUUGUUGGCUCCAAGAUUUUUUUUGUUUUAUUUCGUGGAUGUGACAUUUUUUUUAGUUCUUUGUUAUGAAUGUUUCUCUCAAUCAAACCCACCCACCCAACCCAAAUCUACCACAAUCAACUCGAUCGCAUUUAUAUCGGUUUUCGAAUAUCCUUCACCCCAUGUUCACAUUGUGGACAAUGUGGUCCUUAAGUUUGGUUGGGUUGUGCAUGAAUGUUUGUAUGAAAUGGUUGUGAUUGAUUAUGCUCUCUGGUGUUAUGUAUGUUUUGAAUGAUUGAGCGAGAGAGUAUGUUUUUGAGUGAUUGUGGAUGAUAUUUUAGCAUACUUCUACCACUUGAAGCCCUGUAAGCAGGAAUGAGUUAGUGUGAUUACUCAAUUUUGAGGAAUCAUGGUGGCUACAUACAUCUACACCCUUAAUUUCUUCUAUUUCACCCUAUUUUUAAGUUGACGAUUGAGAUUAGAUUAAUGGUAAUUUUGGAAAUAAAAGAAUACCACACCUAGUUAUUAUCUUUUAAUAUAUAUAUAUAUGGCGAGUUCUACGGUACCCCGGGUGAAAUCCGGUGUACCGCAUACCUUGAGUAUGAAAACGCUAUCCAGACCUUGAAUUGAUUGAUCUUUUGGACAUGAUAUUAUACUCUAACCCUUAAAGAUCAAAAUCUAGGUCUUAGCUCCCUAAAUCUUAUACUCCAAUAUCAAUUUAAUUAGAAACAAUAAUCGACGGCUAUGAUUCGUCCAAAUAUAGGCAAAAAAAUGAAUGCUCCGUCUUAGGGUUUAUAGUUUAUGAUUUAGAUAAUUAGGACCUAGGGUUCACUCAAUAAGGAUUAGGGUAUAGUACCAAGCCCAAAACUUUUUCUAUUUCGAGGUCUAGAUAGUGUUUUCAUACUCAAGGUAUACGGUACCCUGAAUUUCACCCGAAGUACCGUAGAAGCCACCAUAUAUAUAUAUAUAUUAAACCCUAAUUAUAUUGCAUAAUCUCUCACCCCACCUCCCUCCCGCCGCAGGCGCUCCCUUCCCACCGCCCAUCGCCAUCUCCCAUCCUCUCUCUCUUUCACCCCACCUCUCACCGUUGGCGCUCCCCUCCUAGUUUCCCCUCACCCCACUUCCCUCCCCGCCACAUAUCUCUCUCUCUCUCUCUCUCUCUCUCUCUGAGAUCGACUAAUAACAUCUCGGUUGGAUUUCAUAUCUAAAUUUUUCAUAUUGGUAUGUAUUUUAUAUUGGUAUUAUCUUUUUUCAUAUUGGUAAUAUUUUUUCGCAUUGGUAAUGAUUAUGCAAUGAUAUUGGUUAUUUUUGCAUUGAUGUUAUUGUAUUGGUAGUGAUCAUCAUGUAUUGGUAUUAGUUAAAUUUUCAACGGUACUAUUUUUUAGUGUAAUGGUAUUGAUUUAUUUCUGCAAUGGUAUUGGUGCUUUUCGAAAUGGUAGUGGUUGUGUUACAGAUUGGUAUUGAUUUAUCUCUACAAUAAUAUUGGUGUUUUCGAAAUGGUAGUGGUUGUUUAACGGAUUGGUAUUGAUUUGUUUAUAUUGAUUUUUUCGAAAUGGGUGUGGUUGUCUAACAAAUUGAUAUUGAUUCUUGUUUUUUUCUUUGCAGUGUUAUUAUUUUCGAUUGAACGGAGAAGGAAAAGAUUGAGUAAAAAAGAGAGAUCUGGCUGGAGAUUGUGAAAGUGAGAGAAAGAGAGAUAAAAUUGUAAAUAUAUUUUGUAACUUUCUAAAAUAUAAUUUAUUAAAAAAUAUAAUUAAUUUUUUUUAUCAUACCCAAUUUGCACUUAGUAACCAUGGUGAUUACUAUUUUACAGUAAUCACCGUAACCUAUCCACUGUAAGUAUACCCUUUUUUUUUAAUUUGAGGACUCCAAGUUUGCUCCCUUGCAAUGCAAUUACUUGCAUUGAAUCGAUGAAUCUUGCUUCCCAUUGUCUUGACCAAUGUUGAGGAUCAUAGUGUAUGAGAUGUUUUGAAUUGAAGUGACCUUGCUUGAUUUCUCAACGUAUCUCGAUUCAAAUGUUUGAAAAAUGACUAAAGCGGUAAGUUUGAUUACGUGCAAAACCUUAAUUCUUAGGUAAAGGUUUAGGUAUGUCGAAAGAUGCUCGGUUUUCUACUUUCUCACAACCAAGUUUUACAAUCGAAUAAAGUGGGUAUCAAUAAGAUGUCUUCAAAAAGAAAUAUCAUAAGCAAUCGAACGCAAAAAACUACUCCCGACCAAAUGCCAAUUAGAGGGUGAUUCACAUGAGACGUGAUACAAUCCUGGAAUCGAUCGUUUUCCCUUCAGGAUUGAUCGACAAAGAUGUCAAAUUGAAUUACAAGAAAGAGCCUAAAAAUUGUUCAAGUGUUUUUCACGUUUCAGGUAGCCGACUUUGCGAGCUUAGUGCUUUCAAUUGACUCGAUGGAAAUGGGAGCUUAAGAGCUUGUUUUGAAGACAAAUGGGUUUUCUAUCCAUUGGAGAGCUUGGAAGCUCGAGGGGAAGUCUAGAAGGUCAUUUUUCAAGCUGUUCAAAAACCUCACUCGACACGUGAAAAAGCCUGAAAUUGCCUAAGUAUUGAAACGAGAUAGGGAGGGCUUCUUUGGGCUUCCAUUCAAAGAGUUUGAGCGAGAGUCGAUCAUUACUGUUCUUAGGACACCACCCAGUUUCGGCUCACUACUGUUCGUAGGUCGAUCAUUUUCAUGUUGUGCCCCUCCAGAGGGACUAAGGUAUAGAUAGGAGAAAAGAGCGGACAUGAGACUACUCAUACUGGUUUCAUUUUGUGCAUUGUCCAGAAAAAUUUUGCUGAGCGAGCGACUGGCAGUAAUGUCCAAAUUCAAUUAAGAUAUGCUUGCCCCAUUGCAGGAAAGAAAAGUAUGCCCUCGUACCACCCAAACGAAAGCCCAGUAACUGGCAACUCUUUUUGUAUCCCCUGUCUCCCUUAGCUAUUUGGGUUCGUGAAUUCAGACUCAACUGCUUCACAUCACCCUUCACGUUACAAGAAUAUAAGACAUGCAUUGUUGUUGCCCCAGAGUUUCCUAGACACAGAUUCCUCAAGAUGCAUAGCAAAUGAAGAUUAAUUAAGAAAGCUUUUUUCAAGGAAACUUUCACAGCUGCCAACACAGCACUCUCCGUCGAACCCAAAACCAAACGCUGCCAAAAUUAAAACACAGCACACUCCGCCAAAACAUUCUCUCUCGUCACCGUAUAAAAAACAGAGUCCUCUGUUUCUCCCCUGCCAUCCCUCCUCGAUUCUCUCAUUCUUUCCACCCAACAAACAGAUUCUGAAAAAAACCCAACAAACAUGGCGCUCCCAUUGAACCUUGCGACUGACGAGGGAAGCCCCGACUGGCUGAACAAAGGAGACAACGCAUGGCAGCUCACCGCCGCAACCCUGGUCGGGAUGCAGAGCGUCCCCGGCCUCGUCAUCCUCUACGGCAGCAUAGUGAAGAAGAAGUGGGCCGUCAAUUCGGCAUUCAUGGCCCUCUACGCCUUCGCCGCCGUCCUCAUCUGCUGGGUCGGGUGGGGCUACCAGAUGGCCUUCGGCGACAAAUUCAUCCCUUUCCUCGGCCAGCCGGACGUCGCCCUCGACGAGAAGUUCCUCCUGAGCAGGACCUUCGUCGGAUACCUUCCCAACGCUACCAUGGUUUACUUCCAGUUCGUGUUCGCCGCCAUUACCCUCAUCCUCAUCGCCGGAGCUCUACUCGGGAGGAUGAAUUUCCACGCCUGGAUGAUCUUCGUCCCUCUCUGGCUCACUUUCUCAUACACCAUCACCGCUUACAGCAUCUGGUGCCCCACCGGCUGGCUCGCCAAGAAGGGCAUCAUCGAUUACUCCGGCGGUUACGUCAUUCACCUCUCCUCCGGCGUUGCUGGUUUCACCGCCGCUUUCUGGGUGGGUCCCAGGGCGAACAAGGACAGAGAGAGGUUCCCGCCCAACAACAUACUCCUGAUGUUGGCCGGAGCUGGGCUCCUGUGGAUGGGAUGGACGGGGUUCAACGGUGGAGAUCCCUACACCGUUAGCGUCGAUGCUUCUCUUGCUGUACUCAACACCCACGUGUGCACGGCGACUAGCUUGCUGGUGUGGCUACUCCUCGACAUUAUGUUCUUCGGCAAGCCCUCCGUCAUCGGAGCCAUUCAGGGCAUGAUCACCGGUCUCGUCUGCAUCACUCCUGCAGCUGGAGUAGUGCAAGGAUGGGCAGCAAUAAUAAUGGGGAUCUUGUCAGGAAGCAUUCCAUGGUACACAAUGAUGGUCCUCCACAAGAAGAUCUCAUUCCUCAAGCACGUCGACGACACCAUGGCCAUCUUUCACACCCACGCCAUCGCAGGAAGUCUCGGAGGUAUCCUCACCGGAAUCUUCGCCGAGCCUAAGUUGUGCAGGAUUUUCUACCUUGUCCCUGAGUGGGAGCACUACAUCGGCUUGCUCAACGGCUUCCACGACAACCGCGCUGGGGCAGGUUUCAAGCAACUCGGUGUCCAGCUCCUCGGAAUACUUUUCGUCGUCUUCGUCAACGUCAUCAUGACCAGUAUCAUAUGUGUGUUGAUUAAAUUGGUGGUUCCGUUGAGGUUGUCUGAGGAGGAGCUUAGCACCGGCGAUGACGCCAUCCAUGGGGAAGAGGCAUAUGCGUUGUGGGGAGAUGGGGAGAAGUAUGAGUCCAGGCACGACUCGUUUUACGGCGCCGAUCAGGAGAUUCCGCACUCGACCAAGUCGGCCGGAGCAGGUGGUCAAGUUGAGAUGGCUUGAGGAGGGAGAGAAUUAUUACUCAAGAGGGAGUUUGAAAGACGAGGUUUUGAAUUAACUUUGUGAGCCACGUACGACGUCGUUCUGCUUGGGGUUUCCUUAUUCUUGUGUAGGUUUGACUUUUCUUUUCUUUUAGUUUUUUUUUUUUUUUUUGUUGGAGGGAGAGAAGAAAGUGGUCAUUCGCAAGCUAUUGUUCUCAUCAUGAGUGUUGAUUAAGGUUUCAUUGAACAGGAUGAAAGACCUAAUGUUGUUUUCUACUGAUACUACUCAUGUAAUAAGAAAGUCGACCAUCCUUGGUCAGGGGUUUUCCCAGCGACUUGUAUGCUUUAUGGGUUGUAUGUAGAGCUGUCAAAAUGUAACCUGACCCGAGUAAUCCAGCCGAUUAACCCGAUCCGAAACCUGUCCGCAAUCCGAUUUGACUAAAAGUCAAUGACCCGU